AUGACUACUCAAGUACCAAGUAACCCCCCAAUCAAAGGUGUCACGCCUCCUUCAGACGAUCGGCACGCCCUUGCACCUCCUCGGACCACUGACGGUAAUCGUCGGCCCUCAACUUCAAGUCAACAAGAGCAAGAGAUCAUUCAGAAACAGCAACUACAACAGCACUCAUCAUUGAAAUACAGCACCCUUGCGAAAAAGAGGGGUUUGCACAAAAAGUUGGCCGCAGCACAGCCGACCGCUAAGCAGUCAUUCAUGGAACUAGUGAUGAUGUCAGAAGAAGCCGCUAGUAGAGACUCUGGAACGACGCCAAAAACAGCAACAGCAACAACAACAAUACACCUCGAAGCCACUAUUACCGGUACUACCGGAAUAUCUGCUGCUAGUGAAAAGAUGCCUUCCAAACGAGGACUGCGAAAUAGUAGUGGCAAGACGACGACAACAAGGACAAGCACAACGACAAUGUCAAUAAACCGAUCUUCCGGAACUCAAAAUCCCACCACCAAGGGAUUGCACUGCGGAAGAAUGAAUAUCGCAGGAGAACGCCUCCGCAAUGUACAAUUAUUGACACAGCCUAUAUCAACCAUUGGGGCAGUCGCAGUUCCCGGUACUCGUAUCGGUGCAACAGAAGGAGAAGAAGAGAUUCCUGUUCCUACUGUGCAGCAGCAAGAGGAGUACGGAUUUCACAACAAUGGGAAUCAUGAUUGGUUCGAAGACGAGGAGGAUGCCAGAUCGAAUAACAGAUUACUGAUAGAGGCAACGUUGGUCAAGGUGGACGAGGCUGAUGACUACGACGAAGAUCCACUGCUACAACCCACUCUGGCAGAAGCAACUCCCAUGAAUGAAGCGGAGCUAUCCAGUAAUUUCUUCAAGAGCCGACACGGCCGACUCCUGGUUGGUUUUGUGAUGCUCCUUUUCAUGGGGCUUGUCGUCGUUGCUGUUGUGGUUGGUAUUGCAGCAACCAGAGGACCCGGAGAGUCUACAGCGCCUCCUUCCACCUCCACACUAUCUCCUACAGAGCUGCUGGAAUCCCCAACAGCACUCCAGUUGCUAGAUGAUUUGGAUCUGCCAAGUACCACAGUAAUAACCAUUGCCAACCAUCCCGAAUCUGCGCCAAGAUUGGCUUUUGAAUGGCUGCUCAGCGACCCAUUCCUUCCCAGUUUGACGGAUGCGAAAAAGGUACAGAGGUUUGCUCUUGCUUCCUUGUACUUUGCAACGCAAGGCAGCCAUUGGGAUGAAAACAGUGGCUGGCUGAAUCACAGAGAGAAUGAGUGCUCCUGGUAUUAUUCUGAUUCUGAACCUUGCUUUAUGGAAGAAAAUAUUGUCACUUCCGUUGCUCUGCCUGGAAAUCAUCUCAAUGGGACGAUACCACAAGAACUCAUGCUGCUGAAUUCUGCAGACUUUUCCUAUCUGGACCUGUCUCACAACCUGCUACUGCGUGGGAGCCUUCCAACCCAAAUUGGAGUUGCUACAUCUUUGAAUUACAUUGCACUGAGCAGUACCAAUCUAUCCGGAUCUAUUCCAAGAGAGAUACAACACUUGCACAAUUUAACAUCUUUGGAUUUGUCGCACAACUCCUUCAUCGGAAGCAUCCCCUUCGAGCUUGGCUUUUUGAGUUAUCUGUCCCAGCUAAAUUUGCGGAGCAACCGACUAACUGGCAAUCUCCCAGGAGAGAUAUUCCUCUCGCCAGUUUUGGCCAAGUUGGACUUGUCUGGCAACCAAAUUUCAGGACCAAUGCCAAUUGAGAUGUUUUUGGCUUCAGGCCAGGGCCUGAUCAACUUGAGUGAGAACCUUCUGAAUGGCUCACUCCCGUCGGAGCUAGGGUUCCUUACGGACUUGGAUUCCCUUGAUUUGCACAUGAAUACUUUGACAGGCACUCUGCCAACAGAGCUUGGGUCCAUGUCCCGGCUACAUUACCUUGAUCUAGGAUCCAAUUCCUUCAGGGGGUCCAUACCUGACCAGGCCGCUGAUCUGUGCAAUUUGUGCCAUCUUGACCUCUCAAAUAAUCAAAUCACAGGAUCACUACCAGCUGGCCUUGGCAACCUCUGUCAUGGCAUGCCAGACUUGGAUACAAACAGUUCACAAACAGUUGUGUUACAUGCAGAUUUUGUGGAUUUGUCGGAGUCAGGCACCAGCAGUCUGGUUGGCACUUUGGACCGGCAAGUAGGAAGCCUCUUUCGCACUUCGUUCCCAAACAUGUCGUCUUUCAGCACACGAUAUGUUGACAGAGCUUGGAACCCAAUUGAGUUUCACUACGAACUGCAUGCGGUCUUUCUCUUAGGCUUUGAACAAGGACGGAACAUCCCAACACAAGUUCAGCUGAUAGACACCUUGCUUGGUCACUUCUCCUAUUCUGGCCAGCCUGCAUCCAGCAAUGCCACAUCUGGAGAGCUUCACUUGUCAUCUGUCACUCCAAAUGGAAACCAUCUGUGGCUCAACAUGUCACACAACAAAAUCACGGGCGUGAUACCGACGGAGUUGCUUCACCCUGUGCUUCAGUUGCAUAAUUUGGAUCUCCAAUCCAACAGGAUCACAGGCAGUAUCCCAAGCAUCAUUGGGAUGUCAAGGGCUUUGGAAUGGAUCAGUCUUGCCAAUAAUGGACUGGUCGGGAAUAUUCCCACGGAACUGACAAACAUUACAGGGCUCCUUCACCUGGACUUCUCUGGCAACAAACUUUCUGGGCUUGUUCCUCGGUAUCUUUGGAAAAUGCCUCGUCUCGAAGAGCUGGACCUAAGCAACAACUCACUUAAUGGAUCAAUUGCAUUGGAUGCUGUUCCCGUUCAAAGGCUGCAGUCACUGAGAUUGGGUUCCAACAGGUUUUCCGGCUCUUUGCCCACGGAGCUGGGGUUUUUUAGCUCCGUUUGUGAUAUGGAUGUGUCCGGCAACAUGAUAGUUGGGACAAUCCCCUCAACACUUGGUCUCCUCUGCCACCGCUUUGUUGAUCCUCUGGAGGGAGUUUCAAUCCGCUUUGGGCUUGAGUUCCAUGUCUCAAACUGGGAAAUCAAGCUGCCAAGCCAUGACGAUACUACAGCAUUUCUAGCGCAAGCAAAACGAUUCUUCACCGAGGAGCUACAGGCAGUUUUCCCAUACAUCGAAGAAACCAAUCUCAUCUAUAUUCCUGCCUUUUCGCAUCAAUCUGAUAUUGAUUCUAUUCACGAGGACGUUCCUGAUAUUAUUAACUUGGAUCUGGUUAUGAACAUCAAGUUCUCACACGCCUCCAUACCGUCACAGGAAGAAUGCGAAGAAAUCAUGGCUGAUGCAAACCUUGAGGAUUUUAUGGCUAGCUACCUCAAUGUGCUUCAAGAUGCCUGCCAAAACCCGUUGCUUUGCCCAUGGGACCUGGAGUAUAUUCAAUAUGAUAGCACAGCAGAUCCAUAUGAUGUCCUUCCCCCUGUUUACAUGGACCUUUCCAACAAUCAACUCAGUGGCUCUAUCCCAUCUGAAUUGGCUAGGCUGAGUAGUUCCAAAUCACACCUUGACCUUUUGGGAAACCGGUUUUCAGGAGCGCUACCGGAAGAGUUGUGUCCUUGGCUAUGCAGCGGUAACCACAGGAGUCUCAAUUUGUAUGAAGACUUUAACAGCCAGAAUGUUGCAGGCGGGUUGUUGAAAGUAGACUGCCAACAAAUUGAGUGCUCUUGUUCAUGUUAG